AGAGGGCACAAGCGGAGGGUGCGCUCCAAGGAGACAGAAAUCUCAAGGUCCAGGAGCUCAGGUGGGCCCAGGCAGCUCUGGUCCCUACAUAACACUGCCACCAUGUGGCUAGCAGUCAGACUGCAAGCGCUCCCAAGUGACCCUGAGCCUUUCCUUUGCCUCCAGGUCUUUAAGUGGACAGGAAGCAACUCGUUCUUUGUGAAAGGAGACCUGGAUUCACUGAUGAUGGGCAGUGGAAGUGGCCAGUUUGGGCUGUGGUUGGAUGGAGACUUGUACCAUGGGGGAAGCUACCCCUGUGCCACCUUCAACAAUGAAGUGCUGGCCCGGCAGGAGCAGUUUUGCAUCAAGGAGCUGGAGGCCUGGGUUCUGAGCUGACACUCCCCACGGCCACCAUUGCCCAAGUUGCUUGUGGAUACCACCCAGGCCUUCCUCACACAGGGCAGCCAUUCUGUCUGACCCAGGACGGUGAAGAACCCUCACGGUGAUUGCGACUCUCAGUCAGCCUCCUUGUGGCCUGCAGUUCCAAGGCAAGCACUGCUCUCUGGCAGAGGUGACUGUGAAGGUGUGAAAGACACGCUUAUGAAGAAGCAUGAAAAUUAUCUUUAUAGGAAUUUGACAAUUCACCCAGGAGACAAUGAAAUGGAUGAACCCUUCCCUCAAACAGUAACAUUUCCUUGUAUGUCCUUCCAAACAAGUUUCUGGAUGGACACACACACACACACACACACACACACACA